GUCGAAACCAAUCCAAAACUUGUGAAAAGAUGUCGAAUUAUAAAAUGGCCCAGUCCAUCUACGACUUCAGCGUGAACGACAUCGACGGCAAUCGAGUUCCUCUAGAAAAGUACAGAGGCCACGUUUGCAUCAUUCUGAACGUUGCCUCUCAAUGCGGCCUCGCCAAAUCCAACUACUCCGAGCUCGUGGAUCUCUACGAGGCUUACUCGGACUCCAAGGGGCUCAGGAUCCUGGCGUUUCCCUGCAACCAGUUCGCAGGAGCGGAGCCUGGCUCGGGAGCAGAAAUCUGUGAGUUUGCGAAGCGACACAAGGCCAGGUUCGAUUUCUUCGAGAAGAUCAAUGUGAACGGGGCAGACACGCAUCCCCUGUGGAAGUAUUUGAAGCACGAGCAGGGGGGUAUUUUGGGGGACUUCGUCAAGUGGAACUACACCAAGUUUAUCGUCGACAAGAAGGGUAAGCCUGUGGAGAGACAUGGGCCGAAUGUCAGCCCGAAAGAUCUCGUUACUUCGUUGGAGAAAUAUUGGUAGUGCGUUGCUCCAAGAGAAGGGUAUUUUCUA